CUCUUUGAUUUCUCCCCCUUCCCUUUUCGAAUGAGUUUCUCGGAAAAAAAAAAAAAACGGCCCUAGGUUUUCUGAUUUCUCCCCCUUCACCGAUCACCACACUCCGACGAUCGGCGUAUACGUGACGGCGCCACCUACACAACGUCGCAGCUCCCUCGUGUUGCUCACUUGCCCCACGCCAUCGUGAAUCGUGACUCGCAGCUCCCCCCGUCGUCUAAGCGACGACGCCACUUCCGCCCCAGCUUGUGUCUUGGACUCUGCCGUAGCCUGUAGAUCCCCUUUAACGUCACUGCAGGACUUGUCUUGAGCAAUGAGACUCGGUUUUGUUUGCUGCAUCACUAGCAGAUAGUAAACACUUGAAAGAGUCCUCCCUGCUAUCGAAAUCUUACCAUCAAAAGCAGUCAUUUCUGUUUCCGAUUGACCUCAAUGUCUCUCAGAAGACCACCACUGCCUCGUCUUCUACUUAACAAGGUCUCUUGUAUGAGGAAUGCCCAACAAAUCUUGCGACAUGUAAAUGUCUCCAUCCAUGAUGGUGGGGCGCUCGUGCUAACAGGUGCCAAUGGCUCAGGUAAGACUACUUUCCUCCGCAUGCUGGCUGGAUUUUCUCGGCCUUCUGCAGGUGAGAUCCUGUGGAACGGUCAUGACAUUACAGAGUCAGGAGUAUUUCACCAGUACAAGCUUCAGCUCAAUUGGCUCUCUCUGAAAGAUGCCAUCAAAGAGAAGUUUACAGUCUUGGACAAUGUCCAGUGGUUCGAGGUACUUGAGGGCAAGCAGGGGAAGUCUUUGCCUGCGCUGGAGCUGAUGGGUCUUGGGCGGUUGGCAAAUGACAAGGCAAGAAUGCUGUCAAUGGGCCAGCGGAAAAGGCUGCAACUUGCAAGGUUGCUGGCAAUGGAUCGGCCAAUUUGGUUGCUUGAUGAGCCUUCAGUUGCAUUAGAUGAAGAAGGGGUGAAGUUACUUGAGUAUAUCAUUGCCGAGCACAGGAAGAAGGGUGGGAUUGUGAUUGUGGCAACACAUCUCCCUAUUCAAAUUGAAGACGCCAUGUUUCUGAGGCUGCCACCAAGGUUUCCAAGAAAGAUGACAUUCGUAGAUAUGCUUGAUCGGACAGACCUCCUAUAGCAUCCCAUUACUAAUAUUAUUGUUUUCACAUAAACCCCGAGAAGACACCAUGCAGUUGCUUUGUAGUUUGUACCUUUGCAAAGCCUGAGAACUGUGUAUUAGAAGUGGGGGUCUGUACCACCAUUGAGUUGAGUUCCUUAUCUUUUUUUUUUUUUUUUUCAUAUUACGAAUAAAAUAGCCUCAAUGUGACCAA